AUGGGAACUGAGGUAGCCAAAAAUGGACCUGACCUUGGUUCUCUCCCUGUGGAGAAUGUGCAAGAACUAGCUUCUAAUUGCUCCAAAGAAAUCCCACAUCGAUAUAUUCAGCCUGAACUGAUCCUUGAUGAAAUUUCAACCGAUGAGUCUACACAGGUUCCAGUGAUUGAUAUGGAGAAUCUUGCAACUAGUCAUUCAGAAUACCAAAAUGAGAUGGCAAAACUUCAUCAGGCUUGUAAAGAGUUUGGUUUCUUUCAGUUAGUCAACCAUGGCGCCUCAAUGGUAAUCAAGAAAAUGAAGGUGGUGACAGAGGAUUUCUUCAAGCUGCCAUUAGAGCAGAAAAUGGCCUGUGCACAAGUACCAAACCAUAUUGAAGGCUAUGGUCAAACAUUUGUUGUAUCAGAGGAACAAAAGCUGGACUGGGGGGACAUGCUUUUCCUCUUUCCAUUGUCAGUUUCUCAAAGAAACAUGAGAUUCUGGCCUAAUUCUCCAACAUCUUUUAGAUCAACCUUGGAUGAAUACUCACUUCAAAUUCACAAGGUUUGCAUGAGCCUCUUCAAACUUAUCGAGGCGAAUCUUGGGCUGGAGCCAGGCAAACUAUGCAGCAUUUAUCAGGACGGCAUACAAGGAAUAAGAAUGAAUUACUAUCCACCCUGCAGACAAGCAGACAAAGUUUUCGGUGCCUCUCCCCACUCUGAUGGUACAGGACUGACCUUAUUAGUUCAAGUCAAUGAUGUUCAAGGCCUGCAAAUCAAGAAAAGCAAUACAUGGGUGCCUAUUAAACCCAUUCCUGGAGCAAUUAUAGUCAACAUUGGUGAUAUGAUGGAGAUAAUGAGUAAUGGGGAAUAUAGAAGCAUAGAGCAUAGAGCUGUUGUGGAUUUCCAGAAACAAAGGCUGUCAAUUGCUGCAUUUCAUAAUGCAAAUUUGACAGCAAAAAUCGGUCCUCUACCAGAGCUUGUCAAAGAAAAUGGAACACAAUACAAGACAAUAGGAUUGCUGGAGUUUUUCGGACUGAUUCCAAGCUCCAAACUUGACGGCAAAAGCCCACUGGAUCGCCUGAGAAUAGACAACUGA